AUGGCAGCGGCCUCUGCGGUGUUCGGCCCUGUGCAGGCGUACCUGCCCUCCGUGAGCAGCAGCAGCAUUUUGAUGGGCCUCCUGCUACUUCUCAUUGCCCGCCUCUUCGUGGUCAACGUUGUUUACAAUCUCUUCCUCCACCCUCUGUCGUCCUAUCCAGGCCCGAAACUCUGGGCGACAUCCCGCCUGCCGUGGAAUUACUUCAACUUCAGAGGGCGGCUUGGCUGGCGCAUACGCGACCUCCACAACCAGUACGGCCCUGUCGUCCGCAUCGCCCCCAAUGAGUUGUCGUACACCACAUCGAGUGCCUGGAGGAAGAUCUACGGCCAGCGCUCCCCUGAGUUCGAAAAGGCCGUGGACGGGCGUGGCAUCGCGCCCGUCGAGAUCAACGGCAAGAGGGCGCUCAUGACCGAGACUUCGGAGGGCCACGCCAGGCUCAGGAAGGCCAUCAACCCGGCAUUCAGCGAGAGGGCCGUGAGGGGCCAGGAGAAGUACCUGCAGGCACACUCCGACACCCUUCUCACCCAGCUGCUCAAGAGCUGCAAGCAGGGCCCGGCCGAUAUGGCCAAGUGGUUCAAUCUUCUGUCCUACGACUCGGUCGUGUUCUUCCAGUUCGCCCUGCAGUACGGCCUGAUUUCCGUCCUGCAAUUCCUGACGCCCAAGUACGCCCGCGAGGCCCGCCGCAAACACCUCGCCCUGUCAGCAGCCAAGGUCCAGGCGCGCCUCCAGGCGAAGGACCCCGGCAAGGACUUCAUGCACUACAUCCUCGAGAACCAGGAGGAGAAGUUUUCCAGCCUCGACCUGACGCUGCUAGCGAGCACCUUCAUCGUGGCCGGGAGCAACACCACUUCGGACACCAUGACGGGUCUGACGUAUCUGCUGUUGCGUAACCCCGACAAGAUGGCGUGCCUGAAGCGGGAGAUUCGCUCCAUGUUUCGAUCCAAGGACGAGAUCACCAUGCAGUCCACCGUGCACUGCAGGUACCUUACCGCUUGCCUCGAGGAGUCUAUGCGCCUGCGCCCGGCCUUGUGCUGUUCGCUUGCCCGGACGGUGCCUGACAACGGCGAGAUCAUUGACGGCCAGUUCGUCCCCGGUGGAACUGGGGUGGGCGUCCACAUGCUGGCCGCUGCCCAUUCGGGGCUCAACUUCAGGCACCCCAUGGAUUUCGUCCCGGAGAGGUGGCUAGAGCUACCGCCAGACUCCGAGUUUGGGGGUGACGACAAGGGUGGAAGUCAACCGUUUUCGCAUGGGCUGAGAUCAUGCGCAGGAAAAGCGCUUGCGUGGGUUGAGAUGCGUAUCACCAUGGCCAAGCUCCUGUGGCAUUUCGACUUUGAGCUCGCGAGCCCGGACGAGGACUGGUGGAAUAAGCAGCGCACAUAUCUCAUCUGGGAGCGCCUUCCGUUGAUGAUCAACUUAAGACCGAGCACGGCAUGA